AUGGCUACUCAUCGCGCUGAUGCCAGCUCCUUCUUGGACAAUCGGGGCUACUCUGGUCCUCUCGUCCGUGGUGUGAACCCGGUCACUCUGUUCGAGAAGGCCGUGCGCGACCGCAUCACCGAUUCCUACUACUGGAAAGAGCAGUGCUUCGGUUUGAACGCUGCCACUCUCUGCGAUCGCGCAGUCGAAUUAAGCUCUAUCGGUGGUACUUAUGGAGUCUCUGAAAAGCCGACACCCUUCCUUUGCCUUGCCUUUAAGCUUCUGCAGCUUGGCCCCAACCGCGACGUCAUCCUCGAAUAUCUGAACUUCAGCGACCCCGGCAGCAGCGAAGAGAACGAAGAAUUUGGCGAGAAUGGCGUGGUGAAGACGGCUGGAGACUUCAAGUACUUGCGCGCGCUGGCUGCGUUCUAUGUUCGCUUGACCUUUGAUGCGGUGGAUGUCUACAAGACUCUCGAACCUCUGCUACUCGACUAUCGCAAAAUUAAGCGUCGAGUUCGAGAUACGUUCACCCUCACCUACAUGGAUCAGUUUAUCGACGACCUUCUUACGAAAGAUCGUGUUUGCGGUACUAGUCUGUGGAAGCUGCCAUCGCGGACACAGCUAGAGGAUCUCGAUAUGCUGGACGAGCGUGUCAGUCCUCUAGCAGAUGAGCUGGAAGAACUCGAUCAGGAUAGCGAUAAAGAGCAGGGCGAGGUAGAUCUUGAGGGCAGUGCGCGGUCGCGGUCGCGGUCGCGGUCACAGUCACGAUCGCGAUCUCCUAGAAGAGAUGAAGACGAUGAUUGA